AUGGAUUUAGAAGGCACAUUUGGCAAUUGUUCUGAUUGUAAAAGACAACGAAGUGCAACAGCAUGGUGCAAAGAAUGCGGCAUUGCAUUUUUGAAAGAAAAUUUCCGUUACUGGACCAGUGAAAGUUCUACGAUAGAUGAAUUUAUCAGACAUACUCAGUUAAAUGCUAAUGAGAAAGGCCCAAGAUGGAAACUGGAUGAACAAGCCGAUGUAUGGACUCGUAGUGGCCCCAUCAAGGUUAUUCUAAAACGUUUAGAUAAUUCUCAAUAUAUGAGUCAAGAAUUUGUAAAUCAAUUAUAUAGAUAUCACAAAUGUUUGCAAAAUGAAGCACUUGCAGAUUACUUUGGAAUGACCAAAGAUCCAACAUCAUGUUAUAUGUUUGUUAUGAAAUAUUUUGAAAAUGGAAAUUUAUAUUCGUACCUUGAAGAAUCUAUGGGAAUUCUUUGCUGGAAAGAUAUUAUAGAUAUGUUGUGGUCAAUAUCUACGAGUCUUAAUGCCAUUCAUAAACUAGGUCUUGUUCAUGGACAUUUACAUGGAGGAAAUGUAUUAGUUGAAAGCAAAGCGAAUUCAAUUGAUGCUAAAAUUGCUGAUACUGGAUUACAUGGACAUGUCGAUAAACAAAUAUCAUCCAAACAAAUUUACGGCGUAAUACCUUUUGUUGCUCCAGAGAUCUUUGGUGGAAAUAUACCAACCAAAGAAUCUGAUGUAUACAGCUUUGGUAUGAUCAUGUGGAUGUUAUCAGCUGGUGCACGCCCUUUUUGUGAUAGACCUCACGAUUCACAACUUAUACAAGAAAUAUGCUCGGGAUUAAGACCAAGUGUUAUUAGUAGGACUCCACCUGUUUUCGCUAGAUUAAUGCUAGAAUGUUUAAAUUCUGAUCCAUCAGACAGACCAACAGCAUUCCAAAUUUAUGAAUCGUUAAGAAAUUUGGUUUCUGAUUUAUCAAAUCAAAUUGACGAUGCUGAAAUUCCAUUCGUAAAUUUAGAAAAGCUAAGUCUUAAGUCUUCAUCAUGUCAUGAAGGAGCCAUAUAUUUUAGCCGCCUAUUUGAUUCUAUUAAUAUCAAAUAUUGAGAAAAUAUAAAAUUGCAAUAUCAUUUUCUUCAUAAUUUGUACAUACUGUACGUUCAAAUAAUUUGAACAACAUUUAUUUAGCGCUGAUCAAUAUGAUC